CUCCCAUGAUGCCAUGCGUUUCCUCCACUAUCUCGCGCCUUUCCAUCUUGUUCCUCUCAAGAGCUCAGCGCCGUAGUUGUUGUUGUGGUAUGUAAUAAUGGCGGCAGCAGGAGGCGGAUUACCAGCCUCGGCUGUUGUAGCGACCGUAAACACCUCCGCCACCGUUCGCUGCCGUUUCCCAGGUCGGCCAUGGACGUCUCGGAGCCUGCUGAAGACGGAGAAACGCUCUCAUGUCGGUCGGGUGAGGGCUGAAGACAGAAAAGGGCCGAGGCCCGUCGACGUUAGAGCUACGCUGAGAGAGGAUCCGUCACUGUCGCGCUUGCUCGGGCUGGCGGAGAAACACAGGCGCCAACGCGAGGCGGGAUUCUGCUCGAGCGGGAGCGAUGAGGAGGGAGACUUCACAGGCUUUAAAGUGGACGGUCAAUGGUCCUCACGUUCUGGACAAAGCUCAACAAGCGGUGCCCUUAAACGGGCAUCCUCACAGGUGAAGUCACCCUUGGCACCAGAUCUAAAAUCAUCACUAUUGGAAAAACCUGGCAUGAAAGGGAAAAGAUUUUCCAGAACUGACCAAAAAUCUGUGAGGCCCAAAAUGGUUAUUAAAAUGGCAGCCAAAAAGGUGACCAAAAAAGGAGUGGAACAGGCACAAAGGCCAUCUGUGGAUAAAGAUGGACAAUUGAAACAGGGCAGCUCAAAUAAGAGAAAUGGCAGGGUACUCAAAAACCAGAGAGAGGGAACACGGGUCUCUUCAAAGACAGAAAAUGAUGAAAAUGUGGAUGGAGCUUUUGAAGAGGAGGAGGUCACUGAAAGGUCAAAGAAGCACGGUACUGGAGCAGUAGACCGACAGAAGAGGCAGGGCAAAUUAGUGUGGACUUUAACACUGGUUAAAGGUAAAGAGCAAGCACGCAGGGUUAGAGACACCCAAAACCAAAAAGCUUCAACAGAAUAUGCUAAGACACACAGGAACAAGAAAAUUGCUGGUGGUGAUCAGGCAAGUGGUGUAUCUUUGAAACCAGUGGCCAAACGUGGAAGGGGCAGAAGGACAGAAGUGAAAGAGGAGCCUCUUGAAUCUCUUGGUGGAGAUGCAGGAGUGUCUUUUAGUGAUACUUUAAGUUCUUCCCAAAAGAAGCCUUUUGUAAGGCGGCGAAAAAAGUUACUGCAACAGGAGGUGUGCCACAAAGUACCUGACAGUCAAGGACAAGCCUCUAGCAUGCCAAGAAAGAGAAAGCGACUUUCUCUAGAGUCAGACUCUACACAUUUGCUGCAGCCAGUGGAAGGACAGGAACAGAUGCUUGGGGAGGUUGAGAGACCCAAGUCUGGAGGUCGAGCUGCACAGCCUAAACACUCCAUCAGACCAGUUAUUAGUGCUCGAUCUUCUCGGGUCAUCAAGGUCCCAAAGAGGUUCAUGGAUGAUGAGCGCAUGUCUGCCCUCCCAGAACGAGGGUCUCCGAAGAAACCAGCUCUUACUGAGAUCUCAAUGGAUGUCGGCAAACCAAAUGUUGAGUUCCAAACCCUUGAUUCCGAAAGCAAGCUGAAGACCGCACAAGAACCGCUGAUCCUAAACGAUGAAAAAGGCGUUUCGGAAAAGGUGCAAUCUCAGGGCGUCAAACCAGUUUUGAGUUCCUCCAGGCCGUCUGGUGGUUCUCGUGGGAGGGGUAGGAGACCCGGCCAAACCGCGGACCAUUAUAAGAUAUACUGGAAGUUGAAGAAGCUCACAGCAUGCCUGACAAAACGAAGGAUGGAGCGGCUUGCCAGUGCAGGCUCCAAGCUAACAGAGGUCGGUGCUGAGGAAGAGACCUAUGAUGUGGAAGAAAGUAAGUCUGAUCUCAAAUUGGAGGACCUGUAUUCUCCAGGGGUGGUGCCAAAAGUAGCGAUACAUGUUGGGGACAAGUCAGAUCAGACACAACUUGCAUCUUUGGCGGAAGGCCCUGCUAAAGAAAACGUAGAGACUACCAAUCUUGAAAGCACUGAGAUGACUGCACAAAAUACCCAGAUGAUGGUGGAGCAAAGUGGAAACACCCAGAGGAUGAGUAUUUCUGGUGCCAAUAAGAGGAUGUUCCACCUGCUGAAGAGAGCCAGAGUCCAACUGAUUAAAAUCGACCAGCAGAAACAGCUCAAGUCAGCUCAGCUUCUGUCUGGCUCUGUGAGAAUAAGAGAUGGAACAGCAACAGUCAGGCAGAGAGGCAGAAAGCGAGGCAAGAGAGUAGUCCCAGCUAACCCAGAAGGCGCUCCACAGGAGCAAUUGAUCGGUGGUCCACGUAUAAAGCAUGUGUGUCGAGCAGCAGCAGUGGCACUGGGACAACCACGCGCCAUGGUUCCCGACGACAUUCCAAGGCUCAGCGCCCUUCCUCUACACGAGAGAGAGGGGAUCACUGCUUCACCUGCCGAAGAGGAUGUUGCAUCUCACUCAGAACCUGAGAGCGAAGAAUCUGUUGAGCCGAAGCCGACUUUUAGACGCAGGUACGAAAGCACAGCUUUUGGUCUUCGGCUAAAACGCUGCAUGCGGUGCAAGGGCUGCAAUCGUCUAGAGGACUGCGGAAGGUGUGUGUUCUGUCUGGACAAGCCAAAAUUUGGAGGACCAAACAAGAAACGGCAGAGCUGUGUCCUAAAGAAGUGCGUGCUGAUUGAGCGGAACAAAAUGAGACGAUUUAACAAAGUCCAGAUGAAGCGGCGCCGGCCAUCAGCGGCUGCUGUCAUAAACAGCAGCGAAGAGGAAAACGAGGAGGAAGGGGGAGAUGAUGGAGGAGGACAGGCACAGUUUAGCCCCACUAGGAGGCAACCCAGACGACAAGCAACUCCUCAGUCCUACAGAAAGCUGCUGGGGUACGACUCUUCUGACACCGAGACACAGAGUGUCAGCUCUGAAAAGAUGAAGCCCAGCGGGACCCAAAAGGCUCAGUCCAGUGAAGUGGCUACUGCUGUAACUGCUCCAGAAGACGCAACAAAGCAGAAACGCCAAGGGCUUUACAGAGCAUUUUGGGCCCAACGCAGAAAUGAAAAGGAGCCACCUGAACCAUCAUCAUCAUCGUCAUCGGACCCUCCAGCACCACCCCACCAUCCCUUCACCCCCACAGGAAGUCCCUCCCUUAAGCCUGGGCGUAGACUGCAGUUGCGGCUGGAGAGGCUUCCAGCCAGUGUUGUGCAAGCAGCCAUUUUGGGUUUAGCAGUCCCACUAACUCAGUGCGACACCACAGACUCACAGAAAGUGAUGUGUGAAUUGGUGAAAGAGGAGCAAGGUUUUACUCACUGCUCCUCUCUUACUCAUUCCAGAGUUCGGGGGGAGCACACACCGUCCAGUGUUCUGACUCCACUGGUCAAUGGCUGCACCCAGAGGGGCAAGCUGUCUCAGGGGACGAUGAACAAGAUUCGUGUGGACUUCAAGGAGGACUGUCACAUCCAGAAUGUUUGGUUGAUGGGAGGAUUGAGUAUUCUCACUUCGGUUCCCAUCAUGCCCCAGUUUGUGUGUCUGCUUUGUGCCAGCAAAGGCCAGCAUGAUAUGAUCUACUGUCAGAUGUGCUGUGAGCCUUUUCACCAGUUCUGCCUGCCACCGGAUGACCGUCCGAAGGAGGAGAACAAGGAGAACUGGUGCUGCAGACGCUGCAAGUUCUGCCAUGUCUGUGGCCGCAAGAGCAAGCAAGCAAAGCCAGUUUUGCAGUGCAAGAGAUGCAUGUACUGCUACCAUCCAUCCUGUUUAGGACCAACAUAUCCAAAACCUGUCAAAAUGAACACCUCAUGGAUUUGUAUGCUGUGUAUUAGGUGUAAGAGCUGUGGUGUGACUCCGGGGAAGUCCUCGGACACCUCCUGGAACCAUGAGCUGGACCUCUGCCCUGACUGUACCAAACUCCAUAGCAAAGGGAACUUCUGCACUGUGUGUCUGAAGUGCUAUGAGGAACAUGAGUUUGACAGCAGCAUGAUGCAGUGUGCCCGAUGUGCCCACUGGGUCCAUCCGAAAUGUGAGGGGCUCACAGAUGAUCUGUAUGAGAUCUUGUGUCGCUUGCGGGGGAAGAGUCUGGUGUUCUCCUGUGCUCCCUGCAGUAAGAGAUUCCGCAGCGGUUGGCAGGACGUUGUUCAGGAAGUUUUGAGGAACGGUCUGGAAAAGAUCAUGAAUGGAUUGAAGAACUCUCCGAACAUCUGCCACCUCCUCAUGUGUGCACAGUGUGAGGUCUGUCCAGAUUUUGAAGUUGUAAAGGAGCAGUCAGGCUGUUGUCUACAUCCCGUAGAGCAGAAGCUGGAGAGUGGCCUGUACACUUCUCUGAAAGCGUUUCAUGAGGAUGUGGUGGCGGUGAUGGUGGAAAGGCUGAGAAAAGAAAAAUAUCUUCUAGAGGAGCAAAAGCCCACUGGCCAUGCCAAAUUGUAUUAUAUAAAGCUAGUAGAACAAGUGUUUAGCUGGUUUAACAGUCAAGACCCAAAAACGUGGAACUCUCAUAUACAAGAAUUCCCCAGCGGUAUGCUUCCUGAGGCUGUAAUUCCCCCCGGCGAUGAACACAGUUAUGCACAGUGGCUCAAAGAAAACCCUCAGUCGAAAUCUCAAGAUUUGCAGAAUGUGAGCUCUCAGUCUUUCGUGGAUGAAAGACAGUGCUCCCUCUGCCAGCAUCAUGGAGAUGCCAAACCGAAUGAUGCUGGUAGGCUGCUGUAUAUUGGACAGAAUGAAUGGGCUCAUGUGAACUGCUGCAUGUGGUCGGCGGAGGUGCAGGAUGUCAAAGGAGCUUUGCUGCAUGUCCACAGUGCUGUGGCCAGGGGCCGCUUCAUGCGCUGUGAGCGUUGUGGCCAGGCAGGGGCGACUGUGGGCUGCUGUCUUACCUCAUGUCAGAGUAACUACCACUUCAUGUGUGCUCGUGCCAGCAACUGUGUCUUCCAGUGUGAUAAGAAAGUCUACUGUUACAAACACCGUGACCUCAUAAACAAUAAGAUUGAACAAGGCAAUGGGUUUGAAGUUCUCAGAAGGGUCUAUGUAGAUUUUGAUGGAAUCAGUCUACGUAGGAAGUUUCUAACAGGCUUGGAGCCAGAGUCUGUAAAUGUGAUGAUUGGGUCGCUACAUGUACAAAAACUUGGUGUUCUGACGGAGUUGUCUGCAAAUUCUGGAAAAUUGUAUCCAGUUGGUUACCAAUGUUCUAGGUGGUAUUGGAGCACCGUUGACCCCCGCAGGCGGUGUCGGUACACUUGUAAUGUGACAGAGAUGCGACCAUCAACACGGUGCAAAACUUCUAGCUUCUUGGUGGAUCAGGGAGAAAAUCACACAAUUGUACACAGUCCAAAAGCUCACAAUGAUGAGGAUGGUACAGAUAGCGAGUCCUUUUCACCUGGGCUGCCCCCCAGCACCCCCUCCAAGACCAAACAAGACUCAGGGGCUGGAGGUAAAACUCCUGGCUAUCCACACAGCAGGAGACCUGCAGGAGGAAUGUCCAGACCAUUACCGUCUCCAGGAAAUGCCGUUUCCACAUCCCAUCACAUUUUGACCAUUAGUGACCUUGACGAGACACGACGUGCGACAAGGAGACGUAGCCGAAAUGCCUCUCCACCCCCUGUGGUACAUUCAGGCCCGAUGGCUUUGCGAUCGGGGGGUUCGAUUCACCCUAGGUCGCUUUCAUUCAGCCCCCCUGUCUCACCACUUGGUGCAACCGAGAACCUCAUGAGCUCCACCCCACCUCGCAGAAGAGGGAGGCCUUCCUCUUCAUCUCCCUCUAGCGUCACCUCAGGACCCUCUCCGCCACAAGCAGCGCUUCGAAGUCCCUCUUCAACCUUACCUUCAUCUGUCCGCCACUCCCCAAGACAACAACAGCCUUUUAGAACCACACAACAUAAAACCGACGAGGUGGUUCAAGAGCUCUUUGCCUUGUCAGAGCCAGAGGAGGCUGCAAGCCACGGAAUUCCCACCGCAUCCGAUAGGUCGAAUCAAGAACUGCUCUCUGCACACUUUGAUCCAGACACGGAUGUGGCGGUGGCAUCGGUAUUAAAUGCAAAGCUUGAAUUCGAUGAGGCUUUGCUUAAUGAAAAUGUGGCUCUGGACUGUGAUCCUCAAGGUGGUGAGGAAGAAGGAGCCUGCAGAUUCACCACUGGCAGGAAGGACUUGUCAUCUCCUGUGGCUUCAGAGAUGCAAAUGGAAACAGUUGAGGAUGUCGCUGACCAUUAUCUGAAUUUCUCCCGCACAGUUGUGGUCUGUGAACCUGCCAAAGAUUCUGCACAGGCAGGUCUCUCUGUCCUUCCAAACUCAGGGUCCAUCUCUCAGUUGGAUGGAGCUGACAAUGACUCAGAGAGUGAUACAGGUGAAGCCAAUGCUGAUGAUGAUACUCAGGAAGUAGAAAGUAGUUUUUGUAGUCAGGAUACUGAGCCAUUAAAACACACUGGUCCAAACAAGGGCAGAACCCUUGACGACCGGCAGCUAGUUUGCCCAGGAGCACCCGAUUCUGUUGAUCAGAAUUUUCAGCCAGAGAUUCAAACCGUGGACCAGGUUUGUGAAGAACAGGGAAUUCAGGAAAUAACUUUACAAGAUGGCGGAAACAUGAUAGUUGAUUCUGACUCUAACGUACAAAAAGCGUCAUUUCCAGAAGAACUAAAAGCAUCAACACCUGUCCUUUACAAAAGCAGUGAUCUUGUAACAACCCAAGAAGAAGUCUUGCUUGAAAGUGAAUCAACAGAAAGCUUGCAAGAAGUGUUCUUGGAUGACACUAGUGGGAAUUUCAUAUCUGCAGUUGAUGGCAGGGUUUUGGACUUGACAGAAAAUAAUGCUGGUCAUGAGGCGGCAACUGGUUUUUCACCAAUAAACCAGGAUGAACAUGUUUUAACGAGGGGUUUAUCUCCUGUUGAGAAACCAGCAGCAUCUGUGCCAGCGAGUAAUACUAGAACAAUUCACGUUGUUGCACCAUCUAUGCCGGCAAAAAGACGUUUUGUGACCAUACGACCUGGCUCCCAACCCAGAACCCUCCAGAUGCCAAUGACUGUUGCCAGCUCUCUUCCACUUUCGGUGCCUGUCAGUGUUGUCUCAUCUUCUCCCACCUUUUCUGUUGCAUCGCAAGGAACUCCGCUUGCUCCCACCUCGGUUUUAAUAAAUGGUUUCGGAGCUUUGCCGAAGGAAGCCACUAAGGGUCGUACGAUCGCCAUACGCAUUGCCACCCCAAAACAAGUGACUGAACAGCCUCUGCCCCAUUGUUUACCUGGUGCACCCCCUACACCUCAGGUUCUUCUGGUCAACCGUGCGGGACAGAUCCUCGUGAAAAACCCUCAGACUAAUACAUACCAAUUACCUAGCUCUAAUUCUCCCUCGUACACCCAAAUCAGCCAGAUUGCGAAGAUAAUACACAGCAGUAAUGUUCUCCAGCGACCUCUCCCUAAGGUUACAGUGAUACCAGUGCAGCAGGUUCAGGCUAGUCUCGGCAAAACCACGCCAGCGCGUAUCAUAUCGUACAGCAGCAACAAUGGAGCAGCACCGCCAACCCAGGUGCUAAUCAGGAGGAUUCCUCAGAGUUAUCCUGGAAGCCAGUUACAGAGCACGAGUCCAUCAAUAGAAAAAGCUGGCUCGGUUUCUGAAAGUGGGCAGAAGGAAGUGGCCCAGGCGAUAAUUGACAAAGCAAUGGCAAGUCACCGUGAAAUAACAAGUCCCACUGGCAUAAGCCCUGCUCAGCUCCAUGUCGAAAAACGCCUCUCUCCCGAAUCAAAGGAAUCAUUCCCUGGGUUUCGCCUGAGGACUCAACCCAACAUCUUGUCCCACUCCAGACCUCAAGUGAAGAUCAAGAGAGUGUCUUCUGUAACUGAUCGAAUUGGUGUGAAAAAAUGCAGGACGGACUUCUUGGACCAGCUGGAUCCUUGUUCCCAGGAUGACCACAGCAGAUCAAACCGGGUUAGGAUAAAGGCCCCAAGUGUAAAAGAUGUACUCGACUUUGACGAUCCUGAUGUUGGAUCUCUCGACCAGCCAAAGAAUGAAGAAUUUAAGGUUGCUGAAAAAGAGAGAAUUACUCCCACUGUGGAGCCUACUGCAGCACAGGGAAAUGACAAACAGGACCGUGCUAAAUCUCCGUGUAGCUCCAAACAUGGUGAUUCCUCUGACUGGGCCCCCUAUGCAGGUUGGAGUUCAGAUGAGGACUCUCCAUCACCAGGCAAGCAGGAUAAGUGUGCCAGUCAGUAUCUGCCCCACCUGCGCUUCCAGAUUACCAGUGAGGAUGGCUUUAGUGUAGAAGCCGACAGCAUGGAUGUGGCGUGGAAGGCAGUAAUGGAUGGUGUCCAGGAGGCACGGGUAGGCUGUCGGCUAGAGCAGUUUCCCUUCAACAGGGUAAGCGGUGCCAGAGUGCUGGGUGUCCUCCACGAUGCUGUGCUCUUUCUGCUGGAGCAGCUGCAGGGUGCUUCUCUCUGCCAGAAACACUGCUUCCGUUUCCACCAGCAUGAAGUACCGGAAGAAGAGCUGCCAAUAAACCCCAGUGGUUGUGCCCGCGCAGAGGUCUAUGUGCGAAAAUCUACCUUUGAUAUGUUCAAUUUCCUGGCGUCGCAACACCGUCAGCUUCCUGAGUCUAGGCCGUGUGAUGAUGAAGAGGAUGACGUUAUGCUCAAAUCCAGCAGACGAGCCACAAGUACAGAGUUGCCAAUGGCUAUGAGGUUCAGGCACUUGGAGAAAACCUCGAAAGAGGCUGUGGGAGUGUACAGAUCUGCUAUACAUGGUCGUGGUCUUUUCUGCAAGAGAAACAUUGAGGCUGGAGAGAUGGUGAUCGAGUACGCUGGCAACGUCAUCCGUGCAGUCCUCACAGACAAACGGGAGAAGUACUACGACAGCAAGGGCAUCGGCUGCUACAUGUUUCGCAUUGAUGACUUUGACGUGGUGGAUGCCACCAUGCACGGAAACGCGGCACGAUUUAUAAAUCACUCCUGCGACCCUAACUGUUACUCGAGAGUCAUCAACGUGGAGGGCCAGAAGCACAUUGUUAUAUUCGCCCUUCGGAAGAUUUACCGUGGAGAGGAGCUCACCUAUGACUACAAGUUUCCCAUUGAAGAUGCAAACAACAAAUUGCACUGCAACUGUGGGGCGCGGCGCUGCCGACGUUUCCUGAACUAAAAUUGGCAUGUUUACUCUGUUACAUAGGUGGGAAAAGGAGGGAUAUUUUAAUAUGGGUGGUUAUUUUUGAAGGAAGUCACUCAUUACAGGUGCUUAGUGGUGUGGAGAUGAAUGUAUUCUGAAGGAAACAGCGCAGGGUGUGUAGCAUUUUUACACCACCAGCACGUCUUGGUUACCUCGUGUGAGUUAUAUUUCCUACCCUGACAUUCAACAACCCAGUAACAUCCUGCACUGGAUGACUUUGAUUGAACAAUUAAAAAUGGUGACCUCAAACAAAUACCCUUUACUUAACUAUUUCACCUGUCCUUAUGCUACUUUGUCCCAGCAUGCCUUUCAAAUUUUGCCACUGGUGUCUGGUAAUGCAGUAGAUCUAUUCUGAAAGUGUUUAGAUUAAUGUACAGAGGUUUUCAUAGUGGAGGAUGCCCUGAAGUUUGAAAGGGUGUGAUUAUUUUUGCUACUGAAUCAAGAGGAGUUCCUGUUAUAGGUCGUCCUCAACAGCACCUUAAUAAUCUUUGCUCUUUUUUUGUGGAAAAGUAAGCACUGUACAUAUUCCCCAGAACUGACGUAAUUUUUAGUCAAACCAUGAACAAUCUUACCACACAACUUAUUUGUGCGUUUCCAGAACAUUGCCGUUUGUAUAUUUCUUUUUCUUUUUCUUUUUUAUUAUGAGUGCAAAUGAAUGCGUCACUUAAAACACUUUUUUUAAAACCAAAUUUAACACCCUUGACUGCCACAUUAAAUUUAAGUUAGCUACCUUUGCUCUGAACGCAUAUACAGACCGAAGGCCGAUUUUUGAGAUUGGUUUUUAGGAACCCACUGUUUUUAUGUGCUUUUAUAUCUUGAGGCCAGUCUUAUGGGGCUCUAUUGUAAUGUUCUACAUAUUAGGAUCACUUGUGCAGUGUUAAGCAUUUGAAAAAUCCCUUUCUGAUCAUCCACAGGUGUUUAAGGAAACCAUACUUAUGAAUAGCCAUGUGUCUUCUUUUGAUACCCUUCCUCACGCAGCACGUUUAGACCGACUCUCGUCUCCGUUUGGGUUGACUACCUCAGUACAUCAAUGACAGCUAGUAAGUUGCAGUACAAACAGUAGUAUAAAGAGUGCUGGGAAAAUCCCGCACUAGCUUUGAUUUUAUGCAACGUGACUGUAGGGGUUGUUUGUUUCAUUUGUUUGUUUUGCCAGUGAAUUCCCGGAUCCCUCUUCCCUCAUGCUUUUGUACAGAAUUGAAGUGUGCUUAUUAUUAGAAAUGAAGACUGCGGCUUGAUUCCAUCACUGAACGUGAAUCCACUCAGAGUGAAUCUUUGUAUAUAGUUGUAUACAAGAAUUUCUAAAUCUGUUAAAUUUUUCUACGCACUUUUUUUUUUAUUUAUGAUGUUCUGUAUGUAAUAAAGAUACAAAAAUAUUUGAACAAAGAACAAUCGUGAAAUUUGUUUUUUGUUCUAAAUAUUAUAAUAAUAUAUAUAUAUAUUAAUAUCUACUAAUAAAAUAAUAAAAUAUAUAUAGAGAGAGAGAGAGAGAGAAAGAGAGACUUGAAAAUUGGAGGGAUGGUAGUACUCACACAGCCUACAACAUGAUCAAGGCUCACCACAAUCGGCCUGACGGAGGCGCUACAGCGAUCAAAAGUACGAAAUCGCUCAUAACUCCUAAACCAUCAGUUUAGGCUCAAGUGUCUUAUGUCAUUGGAAUCUUUGGCCGGACAAAACGCAUGCCUCAAUUUGAAAUUUUUGGGUAUUUUGCAUUUUUUGAAAAAACAACUUUUGCAAACUAGUCCUAGGCUUUUCACUAGAUCGGAACCAAACCAAACAGAAAGAUUCUCUGUAGAGUAAAUAUUAAUAAUUAUCCAAAAAAAGUUAAACUUUCUACUGCCAAAACAUUCGAAAGUGGCAGGGUCACUUUUAGUAAAAUGACUCCUGAACGAAAUGAGAUAUAUGUGCCAAACUCAAAACACUUACGUAAGAUCUCAAUCUCAGGUCACAGGAAAAAAAUUGAGGAGCUUGGCCAUUUGGUGGCACUAUUAGAGGGGGAAAAAAAACAAGAAUGGCUAUAACUGCACCACCAUUUGUUCUUUCAACAUGAAAACCAGUGUGCACAAUCUUGGUCCAAAGUGCCACAAGUGUCUACAAGGACAUUUGCGUAUCUCAAAAAACAUGGUCGCCAUUGGCCGACGAACUUUGAGCACCCAUUAGACAUGGUUAACGAACACCGAUUAGAAUGAAAAUCAGCAGGCCUGGAAGGUCUGGAAAGAAAUUGGCCACUGGGGGAUGAUGAAGAAUUUUUCAAGGGCCUAAACAAUUAUACAUUGUAGAUUUUUUUUUUGCACCUAUGCAUGAUAUUUGUAUAAUGUGAUAGAACACCUCAUUCGACAUUUGAUUGCCACUGCUUUCAAUCAAAUUGUUUGUUAAAUGAUUGAGAUGAUGUCAAAAACCUACUUUUGCAAACUAGCACUAGGUUUUUCUGCAAAAACAAACAAUGCAGUACAAUUCUCUGGACUCUCUAGGUUUUAAGUUUUAAGGAGAUCAGACCACUGCUGGUGCUUUAAGUCAUAAAUGUUUAAAAAACUUAAUAUUUCCCAGGUAAAUUACCUGUAUUUGCCAAAAAUCCUUCUUUGAAUCAUUGAUUUAGGUGGUUACAGGCUUGCUAAGUAAUGCCUUUUUUCAUAUGUGCUUCAUAUGAACCCCGGUAAUUGUUUUUAUAUUUUGAUAAUUUUUUUUUUUUUUUUUUACUAAUUUUAAAAAAUGUUAUUGUCUUUAAUAAUAUAAUACAUCUUGCAACAUCAUCUCGUUCAUGGCAGGGUCAGAAAAUAACUUCUCCGUUAAGGGUGCAUUUUUUUCUGUUUUUUACAUUUGUGGGACAUUUUUAUAAUCAUCAUAUUAUUAUAAAAACCUUAUGUUGUCUUUAAUGUCAAAUACUUAAAUUUACCCACUUAAUGUAAUGAAUAUUUCAAUAUGUCAAUAACAAUAGAAUGUUUAAAAUUGUGUCCACAUGUAAAAAGCAGGAGCUCAUAGGGCUGCAAUGUUUUGGCAAAAAUCAUUAUUGUAGAUUAUAUACUUUGUAUUGUAAUAAUGAUUAUUAAUUAUAUUAAACGAUUA